AUGGCAGACAUUGAUAUUGAUGUAUCCAGACUUCCAGACGAUGUACGAGAACGCCUGGCCGAGCUGGAUCUGGAGUUAUCAGAAGGGGACAUAACACAGAAAGGCUAUGAAAAGAAGCGUCUGCGUCUGCUGGGACCUUACGCAAAACAACAAAAUAAUGAAG